UGAGAAAAUUUAUUUGCAGACCUUUUUACAUAUGCAUUCAUUGUUUUCUGUCCAUCGUUGUAUUUUUAUUUUCCUAAAGUUUUGGUCAGGCUGCGACCCAUUGUUAUGUAAGAUUUUAGAUUUGUUUGUUUUGUAUUUGUCAUUGUCAUGCGGACAUCUGAUUUUAAUAUUCAAGCAAAUAAUUUGUGCCACAACUUUUUUGUAUUUGAUAGAAGAUUAUCUGUCAAAUUGCUUGUCAUUUCAUCUACACCAUUUUUUGUAGCAGGUUCAUGUUGAAUAAAGUCGAACUGAUCAUUGUUUCCAUUUCUAUGAUGCUUUGACUUAGACAGCAUCCGAUGUACCUGAGAAGGCAUGGCGGAGGAACGGUCAUCAGAGCCAGUCCAUCUGGAGCCCUUCAUUCACCAGGUGGGCGGGCACAGUCACAUGUUCUCUCUUGACGAGAUCACUGUGUGCAAGCCGCUCAUCACCAGAGAACUCCACUUCUAUGAGAGUAUGCCUGACCAAAUGAAACAAUUUGCACCAGAGUACAAGGGGGUCAUUGAGGUGAACUUUGUGGAAGACGCAGAUGGCUAUGUUACCCUCGUAGCUUAUCCACCCAAAAGCUAUGAACGCAAAUUGUCCGUACAACGCAGCGAAUCCAAAUCGAAACGAAGUCGUAUCCGGAUGCGUCCGUCGGGCAGUCUGGAGAUCGAGGGUGAGCAGAAACAGCCGCAGGUGUUCGAGGAGGCCGAGCCGCGCGGUGACGAGGCCGCCGCCGGCCACGUGCCGCAUAACCCGUGGCUGCUGCGCUGCGACCGGAACCAGCUCACCCAGCUGGCGGCGGGCGCGCUGGGCUCGGGCUCCAGCGGCGGCGGCAGCUCCGGCCACUGCGCAGCGCCGCCACAGAAGUACAUCCUUCUGGAGAACCUGACGCACAAGUACCAGUAUCCGUGUGUACUGGACCUGAAGAUGGGCACCCGGCAGUACGCCGACGACGACUCGGCCGCCAAACAGCAGCGGAAGAAGGCCAAGGUGGCCACCACUACCUCGUCCACCCUCGGUGUCCGCAUCAACGGCAUGCAGGUGUACCAGGUAAACCUAUCUCGCUUCAUCUGCCGAAACAAGUACUACGGCCGUAAGCUGACGGUGGACGGCUUCAAACAAGCACUGUGUCAGUUUAUCCACAACGGCACCACGCUCCGCACGGACCUCCUCCCAGCCAUGAUCGCGCGCCUCUCGGAACUCCGGAGCGUGCUGCAGCGCCAGCACUCGUUCCGUUUCUUCACCUCCUCGUUGUUGGUCAUCUAUGACGGCCAAGAAGCGAUGCACGACCAGCCGGAGCGCUCCGCACGAGGAGACGUCGACGUGCGAAUGAUCGACUUCGCGCACGCGACGCACCAAAACUUUGACGACCCGGUGCAGCACAGCGGGCCCGACCAGGGCUUCAUAUUCGGCGUGGAGAGUCUGAUCUCGAUGCUGAAAACUGUGUUGCAGGAGUACGGGUAGUGGCGAGCGGUGCGGCUCGAAGGCAGUACAAAGCUGGGACGGCGGCAGCGCGGCCCGCGACAAAUUCUCAGUGACUGCUGUUCGGCGGCGAACGGACGGCUGGUGGGAGACGAAAGUGACCGGCGGCGCGCACCACACAUCGGGAAAGGCGAAUCGAACGCACCGAGCGAGCCGUAGAGACCGGCGACGGUCCUGUAGGAACUGACUGACACUGGUGGCGGGCGACGGACGGACGUAGGCAGACAGCGGACGCGGGCGACCGUCUCGCGGCGGCGCGGGCGCCAGCUCGAGUUUUGGACGCCCACCGGCGGCGGCCGGGCCGCGUACAGUCAGUGAACGAGACGGCGGCAAUCUGCCUAUAGUGACCGCCGUGCGGGGGCGGGGAUCGGAACCACACUGCCAGGGUGUGGACGCGGCGCCGUGGGCCGCGCAGGCAGCCGAGCGUCCGCGAUCGCGCGCGAGAGACAGAGGAGGCUCUAGUCAGUGGGUGCGCGGCCCGGCGGCGCCGGUCGCCUCCGCAAGUGCAAUUACCGAUCGUAGCUGUGAUGGUGUUAUGUUCCCGUCGCAGUGCGGCGCCGUGCGCGCGUGCAGUCUCUUGUAUCGGAGCGAGUCAGUGAGCGAUGUGAGAGUGACCGGCGCGGGCCCUGCCGCGACAGGCGCGCGCGGAGGCAAUUCGUGACCAGCGGGCGGUGCGUCAGACGGCGCAUUGUACUGAGCCGCGACGGCCCGACGGCCGGCGCUCUAAGUUAUUCGUGCAGGGCGGCAGAGUUGUCGGUGAUGGGAGCGUGCUGUCCUGCCGGGCGCGCCCCGAUACUAUGGCAGACGCGCUGAGACCACAGGUGAGACGUGCGGACACGUCCCAAAUAAAUUGUCCGUCGAAUUC